AUGGAGGAGGCAAACAGCGACAGCCAUGAUGGUGAUGGGCAGGCCUCCUCCUCCGCCGCGCCCUCGGCACCCCAAACCAACUCAACACCGUCCGCCCCUUCGAGCUCUGGACCCCCCUCCGUUGGCCCAUCGGGCUCGACACCAGCCCAGCAACCACCAACAUCGCACAACCCGCUGUCUAAACGGCGUCGAGGGCUGGGGAUUGUCACCCCCAAUGCCUGCACAGAAUGUCGAAAGAAGCGGGCGAAGGACAUUGAGUGCGUGUACGAGAUACCGGUGCGCCAGUCUAAGGAGAACCUCCGCACUGAGAUUGAGCAGCUGCGCUAUCGACAGCGCUCGAGCGAUCAGGUCUUUGCCGCCCUCGUGCGGCCAGAUGCUUGGGAGGAAGUUCUCAAGCGCCUGCGCAGCGGCCAGUCCGUAGAGGCCAUAUCCGACUGGCUCGGAGUGGCCCUGCCGCCGGGCGGCUCGGUCCCAUCUUUUGGUCGGUCAUCUGGAGAGGCCUCGGGAUCUUCUGCGGUUUCUCUGGCUCCCAUCACAACCCUGGGGCUUGGACGCGGCGGUCCGUCUAACAAAAGCCCAUUGACUGCCAGUCAGCCGUCCGGCCUAAGACAGGAACUCGACCCAAACAGCCCCUGGAACUUUUCAUCCUACAGCCACAGCACGAGGAGCACCUCCCAGUCGCAUCCUGACUCGAUGAAUUGGAACACCGACGGGAACAACCAGCCACCACAGAACAAGGUUGGCUACUGGGGCGACUCUCUCGGCAGCGAACAUGUCGAAACGAGUAUCAUGUCCUAUAGGGGUCUCGACCAGGUCCUUGCACCGCUCGAGGCUCCCAAGAUGAAGGCACCAGCCAGCACCUGGUCAAAUAUCUCGACAGAUAUUGUCCUUGUUCAACAUCUUCUGGCGCUCUACUUUUGCUGGGAAUAUCCCACUUUUGCUUCGUUGAGCAAGGAACAUUUCCUCAAAGACUUUCAACAAGGCAGGCCACGCUACUGUUCGCCCAUCCUGGUGAACGCCCUACUCGCCUUGGGCUGCCGGUUCUCAACAAAGCCGUCCACCCGUGCCGUUCCCGAUGACCCGUACACUUCGGGAGAUCACUUCUUCAAAGAAAGCCAACGCCUCUUCUACUUGGAGGAGGAUCAUCAUACCUUGACUACCAUCCAGGCGCUGGGUAUCAUGUCGAUACGUGAGGCCAGCUGCGGACGCGAUUCCGAGAGCUGGUACUACGCGGGUCAGAGCAUCCGGCUUGCAAUAGAGAUGGGGCUCCACCAAAUCGACGGUGAUGGAGAUGCAGAUGAGCUUGCCGUGCAGGCCGCAACGUUCUGGGGCGCUUUUGGGCUCGACCAUGCCUGGUCCCUUGCCACAGGCUCACUUCCUCAGUGUUCCUGUUAUCCUCACCUACCUCCCAAACCGGCCAUCAUAGACGAUAUAGAGGCGUCCCUGUGGAUUCCGUAUACUGACGACGGUGCGCCGCUGCAGCGCUCAGCGGAGCAGCCUUCCAAUUCGCUUUAUGUCCUCCACUCGCCCGGUCGACCUUUGACAAGUCGUGACCUUCUCAGCCUCUAUACGCAGUACCUUAAUUGGUAUGACCGCAUCCCUGAGGUGCUCCGUCUCGGCCAUAAUUUUACGCCGGCCGUUCUCUUCACGCACAUGUACUAUCACUUUGCUAUCCUGCUGCUCUUCCGACCCCUGAUCAAGCUGAGGAUUAUUGGUUCCAAGAUAUCUCCUCGCGAUGUCUGCUCGCAAGCGGCAGAUGCGAUCCAGGGACUUCUCCGCUCGCACUCUCAACUCUACACUCUUCGUCGCACGCCAUCGUUUGUGCCGUACUUUGUUCUGACGUCGGCCAUCAUGCAUCUUGCAAUCAGCGCGCCGGUGGCCCAGUCGGCAAACAAGAAGGAAGGGAUCAUGAACCCUUCUGAGGAAGCCAAGGACUCGGUCGACAGUCACGUGGCACAGGCUAUCAAACAAGGCGUCGAAGACCUGAAAGAAAUGUCGCCGUGCCACCACUUUGCUGAACAGGCGCUCAACAUUCUCCGCUAUCUCGCGCACAAGUGGAAUAUUGAGGUGGACAUGGGCAGCGACGACGUGCCGCUGGAAGAGUAUGCACGCAGCGCCAGGCCGUUUACGAGUAGCCUCAACUUCUUUGCGCCCAACGUACGCGAGGAGGACUUUGUGUGCGAAUGGGGUACCGGCGCGGGUGACGGAGCCUCGCGAGAGAUGCCUUCCGUAGAAGGGCUGUCGGCGCUGGCAUCGGGCAGCGGGGAACAAGAAGAGACGACGGAGGGCAAGGCAUAUGCGCGUGCUGCCAUGUCGGCCGCGGCGGAAAAUCAUCUGUUCUGGCCCUUCCCCAUGCAAGGGCGCCCAAUGCUGCCGACUGGACAGCUGCUGCGCGAUGCUGGGUUUGAGAAGCUGUGA